AUGGCAGGGAUUCAAUCCCGCGAGCUCCUGCUCAGCAGCCCAGCACCACAGCCACUAAGCAACCACGGCGGGUGGGUGCGAAAAACGUUUCGUUUUUGGAAUGACAAGGGCAUCGCGCAUCUGACAUUGUGUCAGUACCUGAGAUAUUGCGUGGACAUCUACACCAAGCCUUUGAAAGAAGUAAUGAUAAGAAACUACAGCCGACAUGGCCGUCUCUAUGGGUCUUUCCAAGGUGGCGUGCCGACACUCGUUGUCGGUGACACCGAGAUAUUGCGUGAGGUUCUUGUAGCCAAGUUUAAGAACUUUUCCGACAGAAGUGUAGUCUUGCCACCUGUUGAGCAGGACGUGCCCCAGCACCUUUCCCACACAGGAGGUGAGCGAGAUGGGCCGGAGGUUAUCCGUGUCCGGCGGCCUUCCCGGCUUGGGGAUCAGGAUGGUCUUGGCUGUCUUCCACAGCUUUGGCAGCGCACCCGCUCUCCAGCACUUGUUGUAGUAUUUUGCGAGCUUUUCAAUCGAGCCGUCAUCGAGGUUCUUGAGCGCCUUGUUCGUGACGAGGUCCGGGUCAGCUGCCGACCGGCUGUUGAGGUCGUGCAGGGCCGCGCGUACCUCCUCGACGUCGAUGUCACGAUGGAGCUUCGCGAAUCUCAAAGGAUAGGCGGCCCGGUAUGGCGCAAGUCGAUGCUUAACCUGUCGGGCGAGGAGUGGAAGAAAGCGCGGAGCGUCUUCACACCGGCCAUCACAACUAGCAAGCUCAAAUUGAUUGUGCUGAAGGUCACAACCAUCGCUGAGAGAGUGGUGUCGCGGAUCGAAGCCGCGGCUGUGGAGAACAAGUCGGUGAACAUCAGCGACAGGCUGGUGGACCACGCCUCACUGGACACUGCGGCAGCGCUUAACUACAGCGUCGACUUGGACAGCGAGAAGGACAAAGACCACCCUCUGGUAAAAUCUCUAAGUGCCAUCUUCAUAAACAAGGCUGGCUGGAAGGCCGUCAUGUUGUUUCUUAUGCCCAGGCUAUUCAAGGUUUUGCAGCCCAACUAUCCACCUAAAGCAAACGUUGACAUAUUCAAGGCGUUUGUAUCACACCUUAUUCAAGAGAGGGAGUCAAAGAAAAAGAAAGAAGACGAUUUCCUGCAGUUGUUCACGGAUGCUGACUACGAAUGGGAAAGUGCCGAAGACAGGAAAGAGAAGAGGGAGAAAAGCGGCCAGAAAAGGAGGAUGACAUUGGAGGAGAUAACUGGCCACGGAAUACUUUUUUUCAUCGGUGGUGUUGAAGGCAACACCAUGGCUGUUACCAUGACUGCCUACUUCCUGGCACUACACCCGCAUUUCCAGGACAGGGUCAUCGCCGAAAUAGACAGAGUUGUCUCCGAGCAUGGAAUCACGUACGAAGCCCUGCAGCAGAUGCCCUUCCUUGAAGCUUGCGUCAAAGAGGCGCUUCGACUGGAAACACAUGAUGCCAUAUAUUUGCGUAUGUGCACGGAAGAGACGACAGUGGCCGGCAUACGCUUCAAGCCAGGCAUGUGUGUGGACAUUCCCGUGGCGGCCAUUCAUCACGACGCAGAAUACUUCCCAGAGCCCGAGAAGUUCAAUCCUGAGAGGUUUCUGCCGGAAAACAAGGACAGCGUGAGGCCAUUCACCUACAUGCCUUUCGGCGUUGGACCGCGCAAUUGCGUCGCCAUGAGGCUUGGCAUGCUGCAGGCCAAGGCUUUGUUGGCUUGCAUGUUUCGACGCGUGAGGCUGGAGAGGUGUCCCGAAACAAUGGUACCCCUCAAGUAUAAACCUUGCCUGUUUCUUCACAGCCCCAACGGCCCUGUUUUUCUGCGACCAAUUCCACGACGCACCACUACAAAUAAGUUCACCGACUCAAUUUAACACAAAACAUGGAAAGAACAUUGCAUUCAGGCCUAACAGGAAGUACUUUUCCUGCAACGCAGAUGCUUGUGGCGCCCUGUAUUCGCCUACGUAAGCUUACAAAAUUGUCUCCGCAAUGCGCCCCAGACGCACGUGUUUACUGCAAACAAGCAAACUACGCCAGGGCGAAUUGUUGCUACGAAGGAGAACUGUCAUCGUUCCAUACUCUUUAGUUAUCUUGUCCCACAUCAAAUGUUACGCCCCAUAUUCUGUUCUGUCUCUGAGUUUAUAAUUUUAUACCCGGUGAUUUUAAUACGUGAGAUAUUCUAACCGUGCUUCUUCUUUCUCGCCGGAUCGGUGGUGUAGGGGUAGAGAAUUUGCCUUGUAUCUGAGAAGUAGCGGACUCGAAUUCCGGUGCUGCCAGAAACCCAGCGGAUUUUUUUCUAAUGGGUGGGGAUAUACCACGACUUGGCGUUCCGUUGUCUAUAUAAGGGUUCUCAUUUCGAAAGGGGCCCCUUGUGAGAUUUGCGAAACUUUCUGGGUACCCCUUGUCUCCACCGUAGCUUUAGUGAAAUAGUCGAGCAUGCACCGCAUCCGUGGCAGUACGACGACUGCUGCCGCUCGGGUACCUACUGGUGAGAUGGGCACACAUACACUCCAGCCCUGAUUCUCGGCAACUUCGAAAGUUCCAGGCAUUUGGAAGGACAAUCACUUAUUGGGAAGUUCGCAGAAUGAGACUGCCGGACUCCUUCUAGAGUCCUGGUGUUUUGUUUUGCUUUUUGCACAGCAAACAAAGUGAUCUGAAGGAACCUUUCCCAAGCAGUGAACCGCUGGAAACCCGGACGCCUGGCCGGAGGGCUUCUUGCACCCGUCUCUCAAACCCGUGGGUGUCUCGUCUUGGGGAUCGAACCACGCGCAUGCCGAAGUCCAGCUGUGCGCCCUACGCGCUAGGAGA